GAAUCUCCCCUUUCGGCCACAGUCGUGAUUACCUAUCACAACAAUUUCUCAAGGAUGGCGGUCUGCGUGAGUGUGUUCCACAAAUGCCGUCGACUACCUUCCACCUUACUCAAUUUGCGUCCCCUUGUUCUUAGUUUGAAUGCUCAAAGUACUCGUACGUUUUGCUCAACCAACGCAUUAGCAGCAAGGAAAUAUACCGAACAACACGAAUGGGUUGAUGUCCAAGGUACGAUCGGCACUGUUGGAGUGACCGACUACGCCCAGGGUGCCCUCGGAGACGUUGUAUUUGCUCAGCUUCCUGAGCCUGAUUCGGAACUCAACCAAAUGGAUGACUGUGGAGCUCUGGAAAGCGUGAAAGCUGCCAGCGAGCUGUACAGCCCAGUCAGCGGGACAGUCACAGAGAAAAACAAAGAUGUGGAAGAAACCCCAGCAUUAAUCAAUCAGUCCCCGUACGAGAAAGGUUGGCUGUUCAAAAUCAAGCUCAGUAAACCUGAAGAGCUUGAUGCUUUAUUGGAUGAAGCUGGCUAUGAAAACCAUUUGAAAAACACAGGCCAUUAGGUGGUGGCGGCUAAAUUGUUGGCAAAUGAAGUUUGUAGAGUUGUACCAAGUAGACUGUUUAACAAAGAUAUUAUCUUUAUUUUUGGUGCUGCAUGCCAGCAGAUAUUCCAAAAUAUAUCCCUUAUUCUUAAACCGAA